GCGGGGCCAAAGCGCUGCCCCGGGGCGAACACCACCAGCCCGAACCUGUCGGUGUCAGAAGUGGAAGCGGCAGCCCUGCGGUCCCGCGCUGCAGCAGGUUGGGAUGUCGGUCUCUAUCCUUUCCUGUCACAUGGCUGGUAAUAGGAUCCCUCAUCUGCCACUCGGCACCUCGCCGGGGCGCACUUACAGGACACAUGCUGUAGGGCCUCCGCUUCCCGCACUUUGCGCUCUUCCCGGCCGCCUGCCACCCCCGGAGAGCCGGGGCUGCCGCCUGCGAGCGCGGCGCGGCCCGGCGGCCGCUGCCUAUGGAGCCUCCCGCCCUCGCCGCCGUCCUGGCCUUCUCCGGGCUGGCGCUGAGCUGCUGCCGCGAGCCCGUUCUGUCCGAAUGCUAUACAGCAAAUGGGGCUGACUAUCGUGGCACUCAGAACCAGACCUCCCAACAUGCAGGAAAACCUUGUCUUUUUUGGAAUGAGACCUUUGAGCAUCCUUACAAUACUGUGAAAUAUCCCAAUGGGGAGGGAGGCCUUGGAGAGCAUAACUACUGCAGAAACCCUGAUGGGGAUGUCAGCCCGUGGUGCUAUAUUGCAGAACAUGAAGAUGGAAUAUACUGGAAAUACUGUGAGAUUCCAUCCUGCCGAAUGCCAGGAAAUCUGGGCUGUUACAAGGACCAUGGGGAGCCCCCUCCUCUGACUGGCACCAGCGAGACCUCCAACAAGCUCACCAUCCAAACGUGCAUCAGCUCCUGCCGCAGUCAGCAGUUCAAGUUUGCAGGCAUGGAAUCAGGUUAUGCUUGCUUCUGUGGAAAUAAUCCUGACUACUGGAGAUACGGGGAGGCAGCCAGCACGGAAUGCAACAGUGUUUGCUUUGGAGACCACACUCAGCCCUGCGGUGGGGACGGCAGAGUCAUUCUUUUUGACACCCUUAUUGGUGCCUGUGGAGGCAAUUACACUUCUGCUACAGCUGUGAUCUAUUCCCCAGAUUUCCCUGACACAUACGGCACAGGAAAAGUCUGUUAUUGGACCAUACAAGUUCCAGGAGCAUCUCAAAUCCACUUCAGCUUUGUCCUUUUUGAAAUCAAGGAUGCUACAGAUAUGGUGGAAUUGCUGGAUGGUUACACCUACCACGUUCUAGCUCGUUUUAAUGGCAAGAACAAGCCUCCCCACACCUUUAACAUCUCUUUGGAUUUUGUCAUUUUGUACUUUUUCUCAGAUGAUAUCAAUCAAGCCCAGGGAUUUGCUAUCAGGUAUAGAGCUGUGAAGGACAAUGUGCACCAAAACAAGAUCCCAGUGAAUCACACCCUUCCAGAGAGGACAAAUGAACAAGCAAAUCUCAGCAUCAAUGCAGCCCGGUCAUCAAAGAUACUCUAUGUCAUCACAACCAGCCCAAGCCAUCCAACUAGCUCCAUGCCUGAAUGGACAAUAUACAGCCUCACAGCACUGCUCAUCCUAAGUGUUACAGCCAUAAUAGCAAAGAUACUUCUGCAUGUUACCAUGAGGUCCCACCAGAUUCCAGCUGCAGCUGAAACAGAGGAUUGCAGUGAUGUCACUACUGCUGGAGAGAUCUGGAGUAUAUUUUACCAACCAUCCACAUCAAUAUCCAUCUUCAAGAAAAAGCUUCGAAAUCAACAAGAUGAUUGCAACCCACUGGUGGGAAACUGAGCUUUUAUUUUGCAAGGAUUGAUCUCCUUAAAAUCCAGGUGACUUGAGAUUAAUCUUCCUUUUUUUCCUCCCAAUCUCAUACCUGUUUUCCAAAAAGUCCAUUUCCAAAGGCCUUUGAGUGACUUUGCCUAUCUGCUGUUCUCUUGGAUAUAGCAGUGACAACGGAUUUAAUUGGAGCAAUAAUUUUGAAAUACCUGGUGCUCCUCAAGUCUGCAGUGCUGUUAAUUACUGCCUUUAAACCAUUGCACUUAAAAUAGAUGUAAAAACUCGUAAAAUUCAAAACGUCCUGUACCCCUGCCCAAGGUAACUGAAGGGGUAUCUACAGCUUGAGGAUUUCUUGUGUCCCCCUUGCCUGUAGCACUGUAUUAAAUCAGGCUACUUCAGUCCUUUUAUUCUCAAGGCUGAAGACAGAGGUGGGUACUGAUAACCUGUUCAGCACACAGAGCUUAUUUGCCUUGAUGUAAACACAUCUCACUGGUACUACACAGUAGAAUGGGAAUCAAAGACUGGAAAAUGAUCAGCCUGGUUGCUCAGUGCUGUGCUCUUUCUGCAUGUUCUGUUUUUACAAGCAGAGAUGCAAACAAAAAAAACAAAUUCAGGAUGCCUCUAUAACAAGAUUCAGCUACAAACAUGCAUUUUGAUUCACUAGAGCUCACCAGGUCAAGGCCUGCAGGAGCAUUGAAGCCUUUUAAAUGACUGUCUGACCCAUCAUUCACUGAUGUUUUUGAUAAUUUUGUUCAAAUUCACAGUGAUCCUUUAAAAAACUAUUGUACUCCAGCCUGAGAGCCAGCACUCAUCCUGGGUAUAAGCUUAGGGCUUCUUAAAGGAUUGUCCAAAGACACUGUAAUCCACUGAAUUUUUAUCAGUGAGGCUGACUAACCAAUUUUUGCUCUGAAGUCACAGGUAUUGAUCUCAGCAGCCCAAACUAUUUACAAAGUUGUAGGCUGCUAUCACCAGCUCAGCAGGGCCAGGCUGUGCAGCUGAACGUGCACAAAACAGCUGCCUUGACACUCACCAGUGAGAUGUGUCUCCUUGCCUGCAGCACUAAAAGUGAACUGAAUUUUUAAGGUAAUUGCUUUACUUGUCAAAGAACUAAAACAUCAGUGGGGUUCUGAUCUGUGAACUAUUUUCUUUGAUUGCAAAGACAGCAUUAACUAUUUCUCCUCUUUGGUAGACUGACUGUCCAUGCACAAUAGUCAGAUUUCUCAUCCCACCACCACAAGUGGGAAACAAGUGAUUCCAAGGGAUCAGCAAUGAGUCUUUCAGCCUCAGCCAGUUCAGACCAGCAAGAUAUUUAGGAAAAACUGUCAAUGCAAAUGUCAGAUAAAUGGACAGGAAAGGUUUGCAAUGGGCAGGUCCUUAAACUCAGUUAGAGAAGGUUCACUGAGAACCAUUAAACUACAAUAAUUCUGGUUCAGUUUGAAUAUAGAACAAUGAUCUGCAUAUGCCAGAUGUGCAGUUAGAGAACAUCUAUUAAGUGCAUCUACAAAAGGUACUUAAGAAAACUGAGUUUAAAUUCAUUCUAGUAACUGCCCUUGCAUUUUUUAACAUGUAACUCCCUCCUUUUUGUGAGAACUACAGAUUUCACUGAAAAAACCAGGGCAUCAAAGAAUUAAGCAGUGAAAUCUUGUGCCUUACCACUGUAGAUCUGGUCUUUUACCUGAACUGAAUUCAAUCCAGCUUGAUUUAUGUACCACAGAUGAGUGCUAGAAACAGCUGAACAAUAUCACAGUGCAUGCUUAAAAGAAAACAGACUUUACUAAGCCAGCAAUUAUGGAAUUGUUUAUAUAAAAAAUGGAAUAGCAUGGGAACAUCUAGUACUUUCUUGCAUGAGCUGCUGGAAAGAAUACAGGAAAAUAUAAUUACAGUAUUAGCUAAAAUGAAGACACGAAGCUUGUAAAAAAUGUGCUGGUUCUCUCUUACAUGUCACCAUGAUGGACCAAAAAGCAUUGUCUGUUUCAGACCCAAGUUCUGAAAUUGCCUUUUUUAAAAGUAAGGUUUUGCAUUGUGCUGUGUGGAGAAAGAGUUCACCUCAGAGAUUCAGAGCAAAACAAAGUAGGUUGGUUCCUAAGAAUCCUGAAUUUGGUGCACUAACAGGCCACCAGGCAGAGAGAAUCACAGUGUGCUGCCAGAUCCUCAGGAGCUGUUACAAGCACAAAGUGCUUAUCACAAAGUGAUGAAGCUUUGCUUGCCUUAUCAAAUGCAAGUUAAACAUUUUGUCAGAGACAUUUAUAAAGCAGUUACCUAAUGGUGAUAAACUGAAAAAACAUCAGGAACACCUGGUGACUAAUUUACACCUACCACAGAAAGGAAAAAUACAGAAUGUUACACUUCUCUUCAUUAGUGAAGAUUUUAAUUUCACUAUAAUAUUAGAGAAAAUAUCAUAACAAACAGCAACAAAGACUGAUGCUACUAAUGCAAAAUCCAGAGAAUUCAAGAAGUGAGAUUUUUGCAUUGCUCCCUUAGCUCCUCAAAUACUUUUUUUUAAUAAAAUUGUAUCUCAUGGGACUUUUAUGGGGAGCAUUAAUCAAAUUUAUGUACAAAAGUCCCACAGAACCAGCACUUACAGCAGAUUAACUGGUCAUGGCAACAAUAAACAGGACUAGUAUUAGACAGUGCAUGGGUAAUACAGUGAUGAAAGCAUAGAAGAAAUUACAUUCCCCCCCACACAGAAUUUUUCAGAUUGGCUGAUUCCAGAUCCUGCUAGUGCUAGCAAACAGAGCAAUGGAUGGAAAUUCAUGGACAGGGUCCCUUAAAUAGCACUUAUUACUUUCCAGGGCUGAGACCAUGAAGAGAGGUAGAUCUGCAGUGUGGAUUUUUUUCAGAAUGUGGUAGGGUCACUCACACUGCUGGUGCAGACACUUCAGGCUGUGGUGAUUUAUGGCCAAGAGAUGUGGUACCCACGAACACAGCAUGUUUUGAUCUUUGCUGUAAGGGUUUGGGGGAGAAAGAAGCAAAAACUGUGACCAUGCACAAGUGCUGUAAUCCCACAAAAGAAAUGGCCCUGCUACACAGGCAGCUGAGAGCUGGCAGCUGGAGAGCAGGGACACCUCAGGACGGUGGUGUCUACACCACUUUCUCCAACAAACUGAAAAUAAUUGCAGAAGAAGAAUUUGUUUGGAAUUGUAUCUGAACAGCCUUCUGAGCUCCUGCCUGGCAGCCCCCUCAAGAGGCCGGACAGGCUGCAAUGGCUACAAUGUCAAAAGCAACUCUUUUGGCAACCAAAUCCUGAUGAGGAGCUGCCUCCUCCUUCACAUGCAUUUCAGCUCCUGCUCUGGCCCACUGCUCACUCUUGUCUUGGUGUGACCAGCUGUGCAGUGGUGCAAUAAACUGAUCAGGUCAAAAACUGCCAUGGCUUUUUCUUCCCUGAGUUAUUUUUCACAGAGCUGAGCUCUCUGACCUUGCUCACUGGGUGGCUGCGCAGGGAGCUGAGAGCUCCCUGAGUGCACACUAAGCAGGCAGUAAGCCAGGGACAAGGCCAGAUGUCUGCCCCAGGAGCUGAGCACUGCUGCUGGAGCUGCCACAGCCCUGUGUGAGCCUGCUGCCUUCGCUCUGCCCCCAGCUCCAGCAGCCUGCACUGUGCGUGCACCUCAGGUGGAAAGGGGCCAGCUGGACAAGUGCCUUCCCUCAUUCAGAAUCUACAUUUAAAACUAGUUUAGUUUGUUGACUAUGUGAUUUUAUAUGUAUUUUUAUCUUAAUAUUAUGUUGUGGGAAAAUAGAGACUUUGUUAUGUAAAAAUGUGUGAUGUGUUAUCAUAGUAAUAUAUAUAUUUGUAUAUGUAUAGGAAAUGCAUUAUUUAAUACAGCAUAUUAUGCUUCUAUCUUGCUAACAUUUUAUAGGAAGAAAAGAUGUUAGUUUACACUCUGGGAAAAAUAAAUUUUCUAUACACUGUAACCAUAGGGAAAAAAAUCAAAGAUACUUCUUUGGUAUAUACAAUAGAAAGACAUUGAGGAUAGGGGAACGCAGCCUCAGUUUUGUGACAGAAUAGAUGCUGAUAAAACAAUUGCUGUAAGAAA